AUGCCUCGUAGCUCUAGUGGUUACGCCCAGUCUGCCCAUGCAAGAAGACUGACGGCUUUCAGCGAAGGGCAGGAUGGCUUGCAUCGCGAGUCCAAGCAUAUCACACACCAAGACGGUAUACAAGUCAACGACACUUUCUGGACGGCUCCGGCCUUGCUAAAGCUGACUGAUUCUGUUCGUGCGUUUCUUGUGGAGCACAAAUCUAUGGGCCCACGGGAGGGUGAGCUCCUAGCUAUUCUCAAUGCUUUACUCGGAAUGGAGGCGCAUGGUGCAGCGGAACAGCUCAUUGACAUUGACGCUGUUCGGGAUGCGCGGCUUGACAAGCUUAUCGAAGAUCUCGUUGACCCCUACAAUCAGCCCGCACCACCGGUGCCUGUUAAUCUUGUGGCGGCAAGGACGGCGGCCAGCUCCUUGCAACGCCAAUGGACAAGACGCUUCAGGGAGAUGUGGUGGUUAAAUAUUGUCUGCGCUCACCGUGACGGUAUCGUGGGAACCACGGCCCCGAUCCCCACCAAAGGCCAAUAUGGAAUUACUGUGCUGCCACUCCUGUCUGGCAGAGAACGGAGGCUCCGGAAUGGACACUCCGUCUAUCAGAGAGAGAGCUUUCAGGCGUCAGACAUGCAUUUUACCUUGAUGACGCAGGUUGGCCAACAGAUUCGAAUCCUGCGCGGCUGCCAACUGCGGAGCGCUCUCGCUCCUGUAGCAGGACUGCGAUAUGAUGGGCUAUACAAAAUUGUGCAGUACGGACAGAAGCUGGACGAGGACACCGAGAUCUACCGUCUGGCGCUAGUCCUCGAGCGGGUGCCAGAACAGAUGCCUUUGGAGGAACUCCGGAGCAUCCCCAAACCUUCACAGCUGGACGACUGGAAGGUGUACGAGAGUUUUGAAGCAGACAGGCUUAAGUCUUCGAGGGGCCACAUGAACUUUCUGGCAUGGAAGAACAGAAAGAUGAGAGAUAAGCUUGAGCAUGAACAAUGGCUGGUGUCUGUUGGUCUCAAAAUUGGCUACCAACACUUUCAAACCCCGUCGACCGAUGAGAAAUUCAAACAGGGACAGACCAUGAGACAAGGUCGGAGGACUGCGCUGAGUCUCAGUGCUUUUAGGGUUAGGAGUGUCGAAUCGAUCAUGGCCAAGAAGACGAACGACAAAAAGCCCGCUGAUAAAAAGGGGCAAGGCGGCAAAGACGCGGGUGCAAAGGAGGAGAAAAAGGUCAAGGCAGCGCAGCAAAUAAACGUGCGACACAUCCUUUGUGAGAAACACAGUAAGAAGGAAGAAGCCCUUCAGAAAAUUCGGGAUGGCGCCAAGUUCGACGACGUAGCCAGGGAGUAUUCUGAAGACAAGGGCAGGCAAGGCGGCGCUCUGGGCUGGAAAGCCAAAGGAACUUUGAAGGCUGAGUUCGAGGCAGUGGCGUAUGCACUUGAGCCAAGCACAACAUCAAACCCAAAGAUUGGCGAGGCAAAGACAGGGUUUGGUUAUCACAUAAUCAUGGUUGAAGGCAGGAAAUAG